AUGAAGUGGGGCAAGAGAUACGUGGGUGGUCGGCCAAGCUACUAUGUGCUCCAUUAUGAAUUCGUGGAGGGCAUAAAGGAGAAGAGGACACCCUUCAGGAAAGAGCACCUGGACCAGGCGGACAAGGAGGUCCGGAAAGGAAAAUUGCUGCUUGGGGGCGCCAGCGGCGACCCUCCAGAUUCUGGCCUCGUGGUUUUCAAGAACGUGUCUGAAGAGGAGGUGGAGGCGUUUGCGGCCUCGGAUCCAUAUGUUCGGAACGGACUGGUGACGAAAUGGUGA